AUCCCAAAAAUUUAUAUUUAUACAAUAUAUAUAAAUCCAAAGACGCAAAAAUAUUGAAGGAAGAAAAAAAAAAAGAAAAAAAAGAUGCAGAUCUUCGUCAAAACCUUAACCGGGAAAACCAUAACCCUAGAGGUCGAGAGCAGCGACACCAUCGACAAUGUCAAAGCCAAGAUCCAGGACAAAGAGGGGAUACCACCUGAUCAACAGAGGUUGAUCUUUGCUGGUAAACAACUUGAAGAUGGUCGAACGUUAGCUGACUACAACAUCCAGAAAGAGUCGACUCUUCACUUGGUGUUGAGGCUUAGGGGUGGUACUAUGAUUAAGGUCAAGACUCUUACUGGUAAAGAGAUUGAGAUUGAUAUCGAACCUACCGAUACUAUUGAUCGUAUCAAGGAACGUGUUGAGGAGAAAGAAGGCAUCCCUCCUGUUCAACAAAGGCUGAUCUAUGCUGGAAAACAGUUGGCUGAUGACAAAACGGCGAAAGACUAUGCGAUUGAAGGAGGCUCUGUUCUUCAUCUGGUUCUUGCUCUUAGGGGUGGUCUUGGUCUUCUCUGAGAAGUAAUCUCUUUUGAAGAUACCUUUUUUCUUUUAUGUUUUAGUUUCUCGUAAUGGCUUGUUAGAUUUGGAUAUGGUGCUGAUAAAGACUAAUUGCUGUUUUUAGUGGGUUUGGAUUAGAUUGCCAAUAAUCUGUUCAGUAUCGAAUCACUACUUAUUUUUGGAUUUAGCUCUUUAUGAUGAAUAUCUUUUUUUA